UCCCCAAUUCUUUUUUGUAGAUACGAAAUACCUGGACACGAAUAAGUUUGCUUAGCUCCAUUCCGCCGAUUCCAUUGGCUCGGAGGAGCUGCGAGCUAGAUAGGCACACCUGCCGACAGUCCGACGAACCUUGGAGCCCAAAAAAGGGGCGCUUUGGCACCUGCUGGCGAGUUUGGGCUCUUGACGGGGACAUCGUGGAACUGGUUGCACCUUCCGCUGCAUCUUCUGCGUCGCCGACCGAACCUAAUCCCACAACUUCCUGGGUAUUGUCCCGCAACCUGCAACCAUGAGCGCGGUUAAGAACCUGCGGGCUAUGUUUGAGCAGAAGGGGGAGACCAGUCCUCCGGACCGAGGCAGGUCACCAGGACUCCCAUUCGUCGCCGGUGCGGAAUCCCCAAGGCCUCUCUCGAAAGUCCGGACAAGCUUCAUCGCAGUAGCGAAAGACGGAAUGAUAGGCCUCCAACGUGAAGGGAGCCAGGAUUCCCUGUCCGCAACGCGUAAGCUCAGCGGUGACAGUAACGCAUCAGCACCCAACGGCGAGGCCGAGAACUCCAAUACACCAGACAAGAUGAGCGAAACGCCUGCCAAGACGAAUCUCAAGGAUCAGCCUAUUCCCGAAUCCUCGCGACCAGAUUCCGGAAGUAAAGAUGCAGCUCGACCCACUGAGGGAACACAUAUGGCCAAGGCCGGGACAUCAACCGCUAGUGAGGCAGAGGCGAAGAGGCAGGUAACAAGCAAAUCGGCAGUGGAGGAAUUGUCUUCCACAAACGCGGGGGCGACGCAGCGCGAGGCGGGAGCUACGAAUGGAUCGAGUGGCGGGAAAGAUGGGGAAAAGGUCGAAAAGGAAAGCUCCAAGUCGGCCACGCGCACAACGAAGCCCCCUCCGAAACCUCUCGCCGCUGCGACGGCGAACAAGCCGGCAGCCAAACCAGGAGAACCGCCUGCGACUAGCAAGGCGCCGAAGAGCCCUGCGGAGACUUCAGCGCCAAAUCCGUCGGUCAAGAAGACACCCGAAAGGAGGGCGCAGCAGUCAGACAAGACCAUUACCCCUCGAGCGACUCCAAGCGCGAAGGCUACAGCCGCCUCUUCUGCCAAAAAGGUACCAGUCGUGGCGUCUCCAUCGGGCACCGGCUUUGUCAAACCUCGACCCAAGUCCCCGACCCGACCUGUCAAACUUCCCCCAAGCCUAACGACACAUACGGCUGCCUCAGGGUCCAAAAUCAAUGCUCCGCGUCAGUCCUUGUCUCGUGCGAGCGGCAAUACUCAAGCGGCAGAGUCACAUGGACGGGCACCAAGCAGAGCGAGCGUUUCGACCGCGGGCGUAGUGUGCAAGCCGCUGGCAAGCAAAGGUCUCAAGCGGCAAAACUCGACGAUAGGCCGACCACGGCCAAGCUUGGGGCCACCGCCCAAACAAGCCGCAAAAGACCAUCCGCCAACGAAGAGAGAAAGAGAAGUUGACGAGGGAUUUCUCGCUCGCAUGAUGCGCCCCACCCAGGCAUCUGCGUCCAAAGUCGCAGAAAAGGUUCAAACAACUUCACCCCGGAGAGCGGCAGUCCCCGCAACGAAGAAGACGGCGGCAGUGAAACCGAUGAAGAAGACUGCAUCUAACCCCACGAGGACCGCUCCGUCUUCGGCCCAGUCGCACGGUUCACCUGCUCAGCAGAUAGCACCAACUGCCGAGCAUGCCACUACCGCUAACGAAAUAGUCGAAAUUGCGAAGGCCAGCGACGGUGGGGUCACGCUACCCAGUGAAGCUAACCAGCAAGACGCAUCCGAGGAGAUGGCGCCCGUUGCAGAGCAAAGCAAGACCUCUGAGGGAGUAGAUGAUGCCGAUGGGAAGGGUGAAGGAAGCACCCUCUCCGAACCCUCAGAAGCCGCCGGCAAGCUGGCACCGAGCUUGAUGCCAAAGGGUCCUGAACCUGAGUUGGCUCUGACUCCCGAGCCAGCAACCAACGGCCAUCACGAGGAAAUUGAGGGCGCCUCGCCGGCGAAAAUGGAGGCCUCGUCUGCCGAUGCCGGUGCUGCCGUUGAGACUGCAGACAGCCAAGAGGUGGAGGUUACAAACUGAGGCGACAGUCGGUUUGAAUAACGCAUAGCAAAAAGUACUUAUGCAGCAACUUUGUAUCCUUUUUAUUCUUAUUCCUAUCUACUUAGUUGUUUUUUUAUUCUGUCAGCACUUUAGCACGAGGGUGCAGCGUUUGUUUAGGAACUCCCAAGUUUUAUGAUACCUGAUGGGGAGUGGACGGGCACUGUUUAUGGGGAGUUUCUCGGAGGUGUGUAGGUAGACAUAGUUGGCCACCUGGCGUCUUAGAUCAAGACGUAUAUUUUGUUUUUUACAACCUGAACGAGGCACGCGGCGAAACGCGUGG